AUGGAUGCAGAGGAGUUGAUUGAAUCCAUCAUCAUUGCGCUCAUGUUCAUAGCAUGGAUCCUGGGAAACAACUGGUUGGCUACAGUAUCCCUUCCUAGGCAGAAAUCUGGCAUCUGCACCAACAAGAUCCUUUUCAUUAACUUGGCCAUCUCCAACCUCAUCACCAACUACCUGGUGGACCUGCCAGACACCAUGGCAAACUUUGCUGGAAGGUGGUUUCUGGGGGAAACCUUGUGUGGUAUUUUUCGUUUUUGUGCCGACCUCUCCGAAACCAGCAGCAUCUUCACAACUUUCUUUGGCCCGGCCUUUAUCAGUGCCUUUUGGCACCAGAAGCUGGUUGGAUCCCUCCAGUGUGGAGGUGCACCCGUGCAGCUGGACAGUCUGUUGACUGGGAGCUGGACGAUGGCUGUAGUCUUCAGCAUCCCACACUUCUUUUCUGUCUCAAUGAGACAUCAGACAUCAAACGAUAGCCACGAAGACAGUAUAGAUGUUUUCCCAAAUGUGCUUACCCAACAAACCUAUGAGAUCAUUUAUUCAACCGUGGCCAAUGCCUUUCCUCCAGCAGGGAUCAUAUUUGCAAGUGUCCAGAUCGUUGUUACUUUGCUCCAAAACCAAAGGCGUAUAGGGAACCAUAACUCUUAUCCAGCCAAUGAACUGGUUAUAGGAAACAAAACUGGAAACAGAUCAAUCAGCAUUGUUUCAAGUCCAGGCACCUCUAAAGAGCUCAAAGAUCCCCUAAGCCAAGUUUCAAAAGGUCAACCUACAUCUUCCAUGCUAAAUGUUGGACUGGCAGGAGAGUCCCCACUCAGGGACUCAAGCCAGGGCAGCAAGGAGCGUGGUGGCUGUGACCGUGUGGUCCUGGUCUGCUGGCUGACUCACAUGGUUCUGCACAUCGCCAACAGCAUCCACAUUUCAUCUAUCAUAGUAGAGGUGGCCAGCUAUUUUGCAGCUUCCUAA